GGUCAUCUAUAAAAAGAAAAGUACUGCCUGUCUCAGUUAUCACUGUCAACAAAGUCUCACCCCACCUUGGAAGGCCAAUCUCUAGCUGGGAGAAUUGGGGAAGCAAUUGGGGACUUAGAGUCAAGCAGCCAUCCUCCCCCAAAAGGCAAGAAGCAAGAAGUAAAAGAUGAAGACAAACUACUUUGAAAUGGUCCCUGUGAUGUUGGCAGCUGUGGUCCUGAUGGAAAUUUUUCAGGUUAAGGGUCAUAUGUUAAGCAUGUCUACUGAUACUUUUGAUGACCAAUAUCUGAAGUGUACUGAAAGAAUGGAGACCAAAUUUGUUCCCAAGCUGCUCAUUGAGGAAAAAACCAACCAUAAGCUCUUUGGUUCUGUGUGGACCGAAGCAGCAUCCCAGUGGGAUUUAAGGAAGGCCCAGCUGUUGCUCCCUCCAGGCUUUCAGGACAGCCAUGGUAUAGCCCUCACAGCCUAUGUUUCCCAGGCUCAGAGGCAGACUCUCUUUUACCAGGAGUUCAGUUCGGCUGUAGAAAGCGCCGGCAGAUCUCGAGAUGAUUAUAUCUACAGCUUUCCGUUCAAAGCUUUGCACUUCUACCUGACGAGAGCCUUGCAGCUUCUGAGCAGAGAGUGUUCGCAGAGUUACAGUCAUCCGGCAUACACCAAAAGCCCUUUUACUUCGUCUGGGCCCCAUGGACGUGAGGAGGUCAGGUUUGCUCAUUUUACCCCUUUCAGUGUCAAACCUGAACCUAUAUCUGACUCAGAAAUACUGUUCACUGUCUACACAUGUUUUGGCAUUUCUACAGAAAUAGUUUCUGAUUCAGUAAAUGGAGGCAUCUUAAUACCUCUGAAUGAGGUUUUUAAGCUGACCCAGGAAGGGAAUAGAACCAACUUUGUCCUUAGAAGCAUGAACAAGACCUGCAGCCAUUUUGACUGUGCAUAUCUUGGAGGCUUGAAAACAGACAGCUGUGUCGACAGCACUGAACAGCUUAAGUCCAGAUACACCAACUUCCCUGGAUUGAAAUUCAAAGGAAAAGAAGAUGAGAUCACUGAACUGAAAAGCCAUAAGCCUCAUGAUCCAGAAGAAAUACCCGAAGAACAGGAGCUUGUUGAAGACCCUGGGCAGAGACGUGUAGACUAUUUCGACAAUCCUGCUCCAGCUCUUAUUCCAUUUCCCAGCAACCGCCCCACUGUGACCUCUGCUUCCACCUCCUUUGGUGAGAUGCCUCUUCCCCCACUUGGGAGGUUUAGUCUUUUGAUCAGUGCUUUUAUUGUAAAGCUCUUUGCUCACCUCUGAUCUGUACAGGUUCUUUAUUAUUUAAAAUGCAUUGUGAGGAAGGGUGACUAGAUCCUGAUGGUUGACUAUUUAAGGAAAUUGAAAGGGAGGGAUGUGAAUGAAAUUCUUCCUAUUUUCUACUGAUACAACUCUAUGUAAUCCUCUUUGUAAACAGAAGCCCAGUAUGUUAGUAGCAAGGAUAUCUUAGAAUACUUGUUAAUCUUCCACUUGUGGAUUUAGGUAUUAAUCUUACGAUUGUAUAAAUUUGGUGUUUCUGAAUGAAUUCAAUAAAAGACUAAGAAAAACAGUAGAAUUGAAAUUUUGGCAAACUUUAAUGUUAAUACUGAAUGGCUCUAAUAAUAACAGCUAGCUUCAAUUUAAUAACUUUUUUUUAAUAAUCCACAUGCCUUUGACCAGUGUUCACUGAAUGUCUAUUCAGUACUACUAUGUACAAGAUACUGUGCUGGGCAGUUUGGGGGACACUAUGUAUGUGACAUUUCUUUUCAUUGUAAAAUAAAGGGAUUGGACUGUA